ACAUAGAAAUCAACGUGGAACACUGAAAAGAGCUGUGGAAGACUUAAUUGCCUAUGUUCUGAGCUGCCCUCUCAGUGGGGAAUGGAAAACCGCACAUACAAAGACCACGUUCUCCUCCUGGAAGGGAUAAAGGUCCCUCAACAGUCCACGUACCCUGCCUUCACCCUCCUCCUCAUCACCUACAUCUUUAUUAUGGUGGCCAACAUCGGACUCAUAGCAUUGAUCUCCAUGGAGAGGAGCCUGCACCAGCCCAUGUACAUCCUCUUCUGCAACCUGCCACUUAAUGACAUAGUCGGGGCUACAGGGAUGAUACCUCGUCUGUUAUGGGACAUUUUGACCACAGCUCCUGAGCGAUAUAUCACUUACAUAGAGUGUGUCAUUCAGGCUUUCUGUGCUCAUUUAUUUGCUACCACAUCACACACCAUUCUCAUGAUCAUGGCCUUUGACAGGUAUGUAGCCAUCUGCAACCCCCUGCGGUACGCUACCAUCAUGACAAACAAAAUGGUUAUCAGGUUGUCUAUGUCUGCCUGGGGGGUGGCCAUAGUCUUAGUGGGGAUUUUGCUGGGCCUCACCAUCCGCCUGUCACGCUGCAGGUUUAACAUAUUUAACCCUUACUGCGACAACGCCUCCUUAUUCAAGCUCUCCUGUGAGAGUGUGCUUAUAAAUAACAUAUAUGGCUUCAUCUUUACUGUUGUGCUGUUUGUCUCGUCCAUAGGCAGCAUCAGUCUCACCUAUCUCAAGAUCGCCAUUGUAUGUCUGAGCAGUAAAAACAGCUCUUUAAACAGCAAGGCCCUGACAACCUGCAGCACACACUUACUGGUCUAUCUCAUUGUGAUUGGAUUUGGAGUCACCAUUAUCAUCCUCCAUCGCUUCCCAAAAUAUGCAGAACUUGGCCAAAUGUGUAGUGUGCUGUUCCCCGUGAUCCCUACUUGUCUCAACCCCAUAAUAUAUGGUUUACAGACUAAAGAGAUUAAACAGAGGAUAUUUAGAGUGUUUCACAGAGCCAAGGUGGCUGCAUGAUGUUGUGUUAAAUCUUUAACAAAAAUAUAUGAUAUACAGUGCCUUUAGAGAGUAUUCACAUCCCUUGACUUUUUCCACAUUUUGUUGUGUUACAACAAAGCCUGCAUUUAAAAUUGAUUAAAUUGAGACUUUUGUCACUGACCCACACACAAUACCCCAUAAUGUCAAAGUGGAAUUAUGUUUUUUGAAAUUUUAACAAAUUAAUUUAAAAAAUGUACCCUGGAA